GCAGGGCUGUCCUGCAUGUGCGUGAGGAGGUGUCUGCAGGUCUGUCUGGGCCUGGCUUUCUCGGAGCCAGUGGUCACUGUUUCCCCAAAUCCACUGUGGAAGCUGACUCCCUGCGUCUUUGCUGCCGGGCUUUUGGCCUUCUUGGUUCUGAACAACAGAUUCUUUCUAAAGUUUUUCCUCAAGUGCAAUCAGAACUGUUUGAAGAAUGCAGGCAACCCUCGAGAUAUGCGGAGAUUCCAGGUUGUUGUGUCGACAACAGUCAACGUGGACGGCCACGUGCUGGCCGUGUCUGACAACAUGUUUGUGCACAACAACUCCAAACACGGGCGGCGGGCCCGCCGUCUAGACCCGUCAGAAGGUACGGCCCCUUCUUAUCUGGAAAAUGCCACUCCGUGCAUCAAGGCCAUCAGCCCCAGUGAAGGCUGGACCACGGGGGGAGCCACCGUGAUCAUAAUCGGAGACAAUUUCUUCGACGGCCUGCAAGUCGUGUUCGGAACCAUGUUGGUGUGGAGCGAGCUCAUCACCCCCCAUGCCAUCCGCGUGCAGACCCCACCGCGGCACAUUCCUGGAGUCGUUGAAGUGACCCUGUCCUACAAAUCCAAGCAGUUCUGUAAAGGUGCUCCUGGGCGGUUUGUCUACACCGCCCUUAAUGAACCAACCAUAGAUUACGGCUUUCAGAGGUUGCAGAAAGUGAUCCCGAGACAUCCGGGUGAUCCCGAAAGGUUACCCAAGGAAGUAUUACUCAAGAGGGCGGCGGAUCUCGUGGAAGCCUUAUACGGGAUGCCCCACAACAACCAGGAGAUCAUCCUGAAGCGGGCAGCGGACAUCGCCGAGGCGCUUUACAGUGUCCCCCGCAAUCACAACCAGAUCCCCACCCUGGGCAACACUCCCGCGCACACGGGCAUGAUGGGCGUGAACUCCUUCAGCAGCCAGCUAGCCGUUAACGUCUCGGAGACGUCACAAGCCAAUGACCAAGUCGGCUACAGUCGCAAUACAAGCAGCGUGUCCCCGCGAGGCUACGUCCCCAGCAGUACUCCCCAGCAGUCCAAUUACAACACAGUCAGCACUAGCAUGAAUGGAUAUGGAAGUGGCGCCAUGGCCAAUCUAGGGGUCCCGGGCUCGCCUGGAUUUCUUAAUGGCUCCUCCGCUAACUCUCCCUACGGCAUAGUGCCGUCCAGCCCCACCGUGGCAGCCUCUUCGGUCACCCUCCCUUCAAACUGUAGCGGUACCCACGGCAUUUUCUCAUUCUCACCUGCCAAUGUCAUCUCUGCAGUGAAACAAAAGAGCGCCUUCGCGCCCGUGGUCCGGCCCCAAGCUUCUCCUCCUCCCUCCUGCACCAGCGCCAACGGGAACGGACUCCAAGGCUCUCUGCUGGGUGCUGAGGACGCUACCGUGGAGAAGACAAACUGGCCCUUUUGUGAAGUCGGUGGCAUAUUUCACUUUGAUGAACUAAUGCUCAAAAAAGGAACUGGAAAGCUAUGUCUGGGCUGGUAGUCCCGCCGAUGUGAGGGGCUCACUCCCCCCUCCGCAGCACCCGGCACCACGACGGACUUCAGGGGACACGUUUAGCGUAGAGGGCCUGCUGCUGGAGACCGUGAUCUUCAAGCUGUCAGCAGCAGCGGAGACGCUACAAAAGACUUUGUUUAAAGAUUUUAUUUAAACUAUUAAGAAUCAACAUGCAAACAGCCUACUUCUUCAUGAACAAUUCCAUUUUAUUGACUGAACUUUUCUCAUAUUUUCACAUUUCUCAGAUCUGAAGACUAAGGAAAACAAAGUGACGCCUAUUUUGUAUAAAGUUUCUGACUCCGUCUUGGCUAUGUCUAGUACUUGCUAUGUGUUGGGAGAAACUUUGUGAAUGCACCAUUUUGAUUAUCAUGAAACACUGAUGAAAAAUGCCUCCAACCAUUUUUCUGUGCUCAUACUUAGAUUCACAAUGGUUGUGUAUCUCUAUAAUGUGAAAUAUUUUUUUGUGGUGAAAAAAAAAAAGGGGGGCCAAGGAGGCGUGAGCCAUCGAACUGGAAGGAAGGAGGACUUGAAUUCGGGUGGCAGGGAGGGAGGGAGGGUUUAUCAUUGCUUACCUUCAUCUUAAUGAAAUGAAACUUUGUAACUUAUUGUAGUUAGAAAUUGUAACUUUGAUAUUGAAUUCUCUUGCCUUCAACAAGCACACUGACAGAAAAAAAAAAAUGCUACUGUCUGUUGGUUGAAAUCUUCUCCCACCGCUAGAACUUCCUGUUAAGCAAGUGUGAUCUGCAACAUUUUUUCAACUUUUGCUAGCACUGUAUACUAUUGCAUUCUUAGGCUACUGUGAGGUCCAUGUUUCUUGUACCAGAAGUUGUCCUUUUGACUUCUAGCUCCUUCUUCCCUAAUGUGUUUUGUAUGUGGUUAUAAAAUUGUAGACUUUUGUGAUUUUGCCAAAGUUGUAGCUAAAUAUUUAUACACUUGUCUUGAAUUUUUUUCAGAUCCACUUAAAUAUUUAGAAAAAACACGUUUUCUUCCUUAUGUGUCUCAUAAGGAACAAAAUGGUCUCCAUUCAACACUUUUCCAUGAACACUUACAGUUGCUAAGGGACUUUCUUUUGUAACAUAUCGAUUAUAAAUAUUGUAUUUAUCUUUGAGAUUUUGUACAUUGCUUUUACCGCCUUUUUCUUUUUCCUGUCUGUAUCGGUUUUUGAUCAUGGCCCGGUGUUGGGAACACCGUUAAGCCAAGAGCUGUCUCUCUGAUCUGCUUUGUUAAAGUGAACCGGUGUCCUGGAAUUUCAUUUGUACUUCAAAGAUUUGCUUUUGUUUAGACUUCCCAUCCUUUUUUUUUUUUUUCUUCUUUUUUAUUUUGAGGAAAAGUCAAAUUCAUUGUUUAUUUUUAUAUUAUUUUUAAGUUAUCUGAACAAAUACUUUUGGAAACAAAGGUUGUUGUAUAGUCAACACAAAAACGGUGCCACUCGGCUGUGAAAAUCCUAGUAGAUUUCGUGCAUGUGGAACAGCCGUGAAGAGGGGACACCGUUUGGGGCUGUGUCCUUAUUUUUCUGUAGAAUGUAAAAAGUCAUUUUAGCUGCCACCCACGACUUUGCCACAUAGCUGAACUGUGUUUACUGGAAAAAUUCAGAGGCCUAAAGUUUAAAAUAAAAUUUACUUCUGAUGUUUUAAUUAAAAUGUUUGCCACAUUAACUUCUCUGAUGCCUUAAAAGUGGACUUCUUUAAAGAACCUUUGUGCUACUUUAUCACAGGCUUACAACACAACUGUUACGAUUUCAUUUGGAGAUUAGGGUGUCUACACAUACACACACACACACACACACACACACAAAAGCACAAACCUGUUGCGAUGUGUCGCUCCUUCCCGCGUCUGAUUCUGCUGUGUUCUGUGCCCUCCCAGGCCCACCUAGGAAUCAGGUUUUGGGGGGGGGGGGGGGGGGGGGGGGACCAAAAUCACCGCUGGUUUUUAAACUGUUUUUUUAAAAAUUAUAUAUAUAUAUAAUCUAUAUUAUACAUAAUAUAGAUAAUAUAUAUAUGUAUUUUGUGGUCAGACCUGUCUGUCCUUUUUAAACCGAAAUGACCUCCUUCAGAUCCUGUGCCUCUUCGUGCCAAACCCGCAGUGACACCAGAGGGUUCGUCUUUUCCCUUUGCAUUAAAUGCUUCACACAGCACAGCAACUGUUUUGCAAACUGCAGCAGAAAUCAGAUUUAAAACCAAAAGGAAGGACUUUAAAAAACUUUGACAAAACACACACACACAACCAUGCACAACUGAGGAAAGUGCUCAUUCGAGGGACUAAAUGAGCAGAAUGUUCCCGGUGGUCAGCGGGUCGCGGCCCGGCCCUCCGACGGCUAAGGCUUAGCUACGUGGAAAAGCCUGAGAAGUCACUUUGGAACUAAAUUGCCUCCGUUUUAUUUUGUAUAAGUAAGGGUUUGAUCUAAAAACAAGCUCACGUGUACAUGUUAAGAACGUUUGCGAGUUUCCUCAUCCCUGCACUCGGUUUGUGUUUUAGAUUAGUCAAUGCCCCUCAUCGCUUCAUGGUCUCAAAAUUGAGCGCUUCACUAAAUGGUAGAUUUUACUGUUAAAGACCCUACAAUAAGAUUGUUUUAUCUGUACAUUUUUUCAGAUAUUUAACUGUAUAAAAAUGUUCAUUUUACACAAUAUUUAAUUAAAGUAUUUCUUGUCUGUGAAUUUCA